AAUCACAGAUUUCCCGCGGAGCUGCUUCGUUCAUGAUGUACCGUUCUUACAAGAACAGUUUCAUGGCUACUCAUCUCCCUCACGUCGUAUUGGCGUUGUUGGUCCUGACACAGCAGACAUGGUGUAUACCACCUACGUCUUCGGAAGAAACUUACAGAGGGCUGUUGACGACAUGGCACCACAAAGAGCAUAAAUCAGUGUUCUCUCCAAGCCAAGGCCCUCCCCCUGAGUGCUAUUUGAAGUACUUCCUGCACCAGUCACCCCCACAGGGGCUUCUCAUCGACCAUCCUGACGCGGAAGUUUAUGUUUGCCAGUCGGUCCCAGAAUCCCCUGACACGUACUUCUUCGCAACUUUGUUCGACGAUAAAGCAGGCAUUGCCAUUUUGUCCGCGUACACCGUCACCUACGAACAGGCGCGUAACAUGGGUAUGUUUCCAAGAGAAAAUGUUUCAAAUAGCUGGCGAACAAAUAAAGAACUAACCCAUCAGGGCACUAACGAAAUGUAUCACGGCCACGGCAGGGGAAAACAGGGGUUUGACAAAGGACACCUUAAUCCAGCUUACAUUAACUCAUUUGACAAAAAGCACGUGUUGGCCACGUUUACUUACAGUAACGCAGUUCCACAAUACGGUAGCUUUAACCGCGGCCUCUGGAGAAAAUUUGAAAGAAAAAUUGUGAAUUACGUCACGGAGCAAUGCGCGAUAAAAAAUAAAUCAUCAGCUGUGAUGUAUUUAAUGACUGGCUCGUCGAAGUUCCGAUUACAAGAUGGUACAGAAAAACCAGUCCACGACAAGGGCCAGAUCAAGAUUCAUUAUUUCCCUGGCCCUGGCUCCAACGGGUCGAUUGUGCGCCCCAAUUCCAUGUGGACAGCAGGAUGCUGUGUUUGGGAAGACGAGAACCACAAAGAAAUGGCCCAGUCCAUCGCAGUCAUGGGAAACAAUGACUUUACCAAAAACCUCACCAUAAUGUCGAUGACAUUGGUGGAACUCGAGAAAAUGUUGGUUUACGACGGAAAUGAGCCUGUCUCUCUUUUUCCUGCCGUCAAAGAAUGCAGAAUCAACAGUUUAAAGCUACCAAAUUGAUCGUUUGAGAUAAAAGAAUCCAAAUAUGGAUAUGUUCUGUUGGUUUGCAUUUCGCUGAUAAAUAUGGUAAACUGUUUUUUGUUUCAGAUAUAAAUGAAAAUAGCUAUUUGAUAGUAAUCAGUUAUUUCCAGAAACAAGUAAUUUCGUUUCCAGUUUCGAUGCAUUUAAUUAUAAUUUUUAACAGUUGAUGAUUGAAAGUUUGCAUAUUAAAACAGUGCGUAGAUAUUUCA